AUGAGAGAGAAACUACAGAUUAGACUUCUCAGAGUCACUGUUCUCAGAAUUAAGCUCUUUCUGAGAUUCUCUCUGAAUGAUCACAUGAGAUCAUACAUCACUGUGUUGAUUGAAAGAGGGGGUGAUGUCACAACAGUGGUGAGAGAGGCAGAGGAAGAACCAGACACAGAUGAACCAGCUGGCAGAAGAGACAACACCUCACUGCAAGGCACAGCUGCUACCACCACAGCUGUCAGAGAUGUCAGAGAGAAAGAAGGUGUAGCAAUGAGAGCAGUGCUCUCACAGCUCAUUGACACUGCUGUCUCUGCCUUCAAUCAGACUUUCUUGACAGUCACAGAGGCCGCAGCUGCAUCAUGA